GCACAGGACCUGGGAUUGGCUUCAAUGUGAACAUGGCAUUUACUGGCGGCUUGGACCCCCCCAUGGGAGAUACAGAAUAUCUGACUGCCUUCAGGACAGUCGUCAUGCCAGUGGCUAACGAAUUCGCCCCAGAUGUCGUGCUGGUUUCAUCUGGUUUUGAUGCCGUGGAAGGCCACCCUACGCCUCUCGGAGGCUAUAACCUGUCAGCAAAGUGUUUCGGGUACCUGACGAAGCAGCUCAUGGGACUGGCUGGCGGCCGCGUUGUCCUGGCCCUGGAAGGAGGUCACGACCUGACAGCCAUUUGCGAUGCCUCGGAAGCAUGUGUUUCUGCUUUGCUGGGAAACGAGCUCGAUCCUCUCCCAGACAAGGUCCUGCAGCAAAGGUCAAAUGCCAACGCGAUCCACUCUAUGGAAAAAGUCAUCGAAACCCACAGCAAGUACUGGCGCUCUCUGCAGCGCUUUUCCUCCACGGUGGGCUAUUCCCUCCUCGAGGCUCAGAAAUGUGAGAACGAAGAGGCAGAGACCGUCACCGCCCUGGCCUCGUUGUCUGUGGGGGUCAAGCACGUCGAGAAGAGGUCAGAUGACGAGCCCAUGGAAGAGGAGCCCCCCCUGUAACACCCAGCCCGACUCUGCUGGUCUCUCGUUUGUGCGUCUUUUGUCUUGAAGCUCUGCCAGGAAAAUUCCUCUUGUCGCUCCUGCGUCCUGUCAGGGUGUUCUCCCAGAAUACACAAGGACAGCCAGGUGUGACGCCACAACGGGACUGGUCUUUCUGGAUACGGAAAACGAAGUCUUUCUGCAUCUACAGACAUAUCGGUAUACAUAGAGAUAUAUAUCUACGUCCAUAGAUAUAUAGACACGCGCGCCUACACCCCCACCCGCACACAUCUACGGCCUAUGCGUAUCGACCACAGACCGGCCGGGGAGCACGACCCACGGCAGACACGUGUGGAGCCAGGCGUUCUUUCUCCACUCCACUCCACUCCACUCCAAAGUGGGCACCGUGAGGAGGAAGCAGCCGGCGGCGGCCUUGGGUAGAUGGGCCACGCGGCGUGAAAACAGACGACGGCGGCGGCCGCCAAGGAGACCCAGUUUCAAAGCUCUAACAAUAUAGAAAACAAACUUCAUUAAAACUGGUGCUUACGGUUUGAUUACCCACAAUUCCACAGUCUCCGUUGAAACCACUCGACUCAUUGUGUAGCGUGUUUGUUUGUUUUUUUAGAAAAAGAAAAGGAGAAAAAAGAAAAGGGGAAAAGGGUUUGUGACUCCGGCCUGCCCGGGAGUCAGAGACAUCAUCUGCAAACCCUGAAGAUGCGUGAGG